AUGGCGGCGAAAAAUCGGCCCGAGUGGAGGCCUCUGCUCGGCUUCAUCGAGAACGACGAUGAAUCCGAGAUCCGUGUGGAGGAACUCUCAGAAUUCAGAGCUAGCUUGAACUCACUCAAAGCGGUGGGACUCAUACUCGGUGUCCCCGGCUGUGAGUCUGAAAAUUGUAAAGAGAAGGUGUGGCUGUGGUGUAUUCGCACCCUUCACGUUAUGCUUUUCCUACGGUGGCUCGUGGAGCUCUGGAAUCACGCCGCUGAGAUGAGCGGUUCCGUCUUGUGGAACCGAGCCGUCCUAGGAAUGCUGCACCUAAAUUCAGUGUUCAACUCGUAUUACUUCAACACCGAGCGACACAUCGAGGUCAUAAAGAAACUCGUGGACGACCUCUCGAAAAUCGUGAGGAAAUACGAAUCUUCACCGAGAAAAAGCAGUCUCUAUAGACACGUGUCCAUCACCGUCCUGGGGAUGUUCUUCGCCGCUUUCGUGGUGCGACUGGUGGAGACGUUCUACGUUCCCGACUUCAGAAGCGUUGCCAUCGGCACGCAGCACAUUCUGGUCGGUCUGCUGCUCUACGGAAGUCUCUAUUAUAGCGCAAUAUUCAUGGGUGUCGUGUUCUACCAGCUGAACUUCAUCAUCAAUCACGUAACGAUACAAGUCAAGGAGAAGCCAAUGCACGCAAUUAAACAGCACACGAUGCUUGGGCGUUUCAUCAGUGAUCAUGUGAACAAACUCUUCGGAAUCCCGAUUCUUCUAAUGAACGUCACCAUAGUUUUCCUCACGUUGGAUCUGCUGUUCACGCUCAACAACCAAGUCUCCAAUGAGAUGUGGCUAUCAACUUAUCUGCACAGCGUGAGCGGAAUAAUCAUAAUGAUGGCCGUGAUUGAAAUGGCAUGCCGAAUUUCAAGCUCGUCCGAAACAAUGCCCGAUCUCAUCUACGAUCAGGUGGUGACACGCAGGAUAACCAGCAAAACCUCGAUUCACGCCUGCGAUCUAUUCCUCGCGAAUUUCGACACCUUUUCCAUCCGAGCUUGGGAGGAUAUUCGACUUGAUAGGAAGCUGAUACUCAUAUUCACAGGAGUAAUAGGAUUCUAUGCUGUGGUUCGGGCUCAGCGACUGGCAAACUCAGUGCCGUUAUACAUGCUUACGAAUUAUGAUGGCGAAAUGUCUUUCGUCAAAGAUCAAAAUCAUCAUAGCUUUUGA